AUGAAAAACUUACCCAUAAAGAUAGUAGAAAAAGGAGAUAACAUAGAAUGCCAGCUUCACCAUGCCCUCCUUCAUUGCUCUGCUCAGUUCACUUUGAUUAAUAAUCGUUGUAGGGUCAUACAAUCCUGGGCAGGACAUUACUGGACGAUUUUUAUACCUGAGAAAACAAUGUGUUGCCAGCCAUAA